CGUUGCGCCUGCGCCGUGCGCGUCCCCUGCGUCCUGCCGGCGCGCGGAGCUGGGCGCCGUCAUGGCUCUGCGGCUGCUGCGCGUCGCGCCGAGGGCAGCGAGGUCAUCACUGCUUUGCAGCUCUCUGGGGAGCAGCAACUCUAAUGCAGAAGGAAGAUCUGAACCUGUUAAGCAGUCGCUUAAGAAACCGAAGUUACCAGUAGGUCGGUUUGAUGAACCAGAGGAGUCCAAUAUAGAGAGGGAGCCGCUGGAAAAAUUUCCUGAUGGAAUCAAUCCUACUACAAAAGAGAAGGGUGGACCUAAAGGCCCUGAACCUACACGUUAUGGAGACUGGGAGAGAAAAGGACGUUGUAUAGACUUUUAAUGUACAAAUGUAUCUACUGCUAAUAAAAUGCUUCUAGUUGUUGAAAAAGAUAAUGUAUAGAGAAAUCUCACUUAAAUUUUCCUUCCUGUUGUGAAGCUUCUUGUUUCUGUCAUGUUUGUGGUGAUUUUUCUGAGAAAUAUUAUGUAAAUAAACAUGCCAUGGUAACUCA